AUGGAGGCAAGCAGUCCCCCUCUCGCGGCCAUUGCGCCGGCUCGUCAGAUCGCGUCGGGAUCGUCGCUGCCAUGCUUCGGAUUCGGCGGCCACGCUGGCCGGAUGCAUCCAGUCUACCUUCGCCGGCGACACCUGCGCAGCUUCGAUGACAUCCGGCGGGCGCCGCUCGACGCGAUCAAGCUGGCGAGCGGCCACGAAGUCGCUGCUCUCGUUAUCGACAAUGGUUCCGGCAUGUGCAAGGCCGGUUUCGCCGGUGACGACGCUCCCCGCGCCGUCUUCCCCUCGGUCGUCGGUCGCCCCCGUCACCAGGGUGUGAUGGUCGGCAUGGGCCAGAAGGACUCGUACGUCGGUGACGAGGCGCAGUCGAAGCGUGGUAUCCUCACGCUCAAGUACCCCAUCGAGCACGGUAUCGUGACCAACUGGGACGACAUGGAGAAGAUCUGGCACCACACCUUCUACAACGAGCUGCGUGUCGCACCCGAGGAGCACCCCGUGCUGCUCACCGAGGCCCCGCUCAACCCCAAGGCCAACCGCGAGAAGAUGACGCAGAUCCUCUUUGAGACGUUCAACGCGCCCGCCUUCUACGUUGCCAUCCAGGCCGUGCUCUCGCUGUACGCCUCGGGCCGUACCACGGGUAUCGUGCUCGACUCGGGUGACGGUGUGACGCACACUGUGCCCAUCUACGAGGGUUACUCGCUGCCCCACUCGAUCCUGCGUCUCGACCUUGCCGGUCGCGACCUGACCGAAUACCUGGCGCGCAUCCUGACCGAGCGCGGCUACCCCUUCACCACCACGGCCGAGCGCGAAAUCGUCCGUGACAUCAAGGAGAAGCUCUGCUACGUGGCGCUCGACUUUGAGCAGGAGAUGCUGACGGCCACGCAGUCGUCUGCGCUCGAAAAGUCGUACGAGCUGCCCGACGGUCAGGUGAUCACGAUUGGCAACGAGCGCUUCCGCACGCCCGAGGUGCUCUUCCAGCCUGCCUUCCUCGGCCUUGAGGCUGCGGGUAUCCACGAGACGACGUACAACUCGAUCAUGAAGUGCGACCUGGACAUCCGCAAGGACCUGUACGGCAACAUUGUCAUGUCGGGCGGUACCACCAUGUACGCCGGCAUCUCGGACCGCAUGCAGAAGGAGAUCACGGCGCUGGCGCCUUCGUCGAUGAAGGUCAAGAUUGUGGCUCCUCCCGAGCGCAAGUACUCGGUUUGGAUCGGUGGAUCGAUUCUUGCGUCGCUCUCGACGUUCCAGCAGAUGUGGAUCUCGAAGCAGGAGUACGACGAGAGCGGACCCUCGAUCGUGCACCGCAAGUGCUUCUAA